AUGGUAUGGAGGGCCAAGGACCACAAGGGCCCUGUUCUGCUUCACGAGUACACCGUCAUCACGGAGCAGCGACGGUACAGGAGUAAGCCCUGCUGGCCGCCCCUGGGGCUUGGGCGCCACAGCACGGGGCAGGGUGCCCAGGGCGCUGGACUCGGAUUCAGCGCUGGCUCUUGCAAGGACCAGACACGGGACCUUGGGCCUCAGCAGGCCCCUGUGCCCACUACUCCGCACCCCUCCCCGCAGGGAAGCGAGUGGGAGCGCUCCAGGGGUUCCGCCGAGUCCCGCCCUCGGGGGCGGGGUUGGAGCGGUCACGUGGAGGGGCGUCCAGUUCCCCCGCCCAGCCCGAGCCCCGCCCCGCCCCCAGGCUCCAAGCCCCCCACCCGCCCUCCACCAGCCGAGAGCUCAGAGCCAGAGCAGGGCACCGCGCGGGCUCGGGACCGGCCGCCACCACCCAGCUGCCGAGGGUGCCGCGCGGUUUCAAGAACCCCUGCUCGCUGCGUGGCCUUCUCUGGCCAGCUGUGCGGGCGGCUGGACAGCAGCGGCAGCGACAGCGAGGACUCGAGCGCGGGCGGCAGCAGCGACACCAUGGAUCUGUCCUUUAUGGCCGCACAGCUACCCAUGAUGGGAGGAGCCUUCAUGGACUCGCCCAAUGAGGACUUCAGCACCGAGUACUCCCUCUUUAACUCCUCCACCAACGUGCACGCGGCUUCCAACGGCCAAGGGCAGCCGGAGGAGCCGCCCAGGUCCUCCAACGACGCUGUGCUGCUCUGGAUCGCCAUCAUAGCGACACUGGGGAACAUCGUGGUGGUGGGGGUGGUGUACGCCUUCACCUUCUGAGCCACGGGAGCUCCGGGCCGGCCCGCCUGCGCUGGGCGCACCGCGGGCGCGGUCCCCACUGGCCUGUGACCGCACCCAUGUUCUAGAACCAUGAGUUCUGACCGGGAGCACAGCCUCUCAAGCGGAGCGACCAUGCAUCCGGAAUUUACCCCAAGCAGCCCCGAUUUCAAAAACCCCCUGCUGUGGUUCUGCUGAUCCAGAAAAUGUGGAAGCCUGGGCAUCCGGCCCCUGGAGGCACGACAAGGCAAAACCUUCGGGGAACAGGUUGGAAAAUUCUUGAAACUGCAUUCCCCCAACAUGAGACCGGAGGGAGCAGUCAAGUUUGGUUUAAAAUACAGACAUGAUUGGAUGAUCCCUUGCUGGCACUAAA